UUCUCAACAUGACGUCACUUGAUUGGCAGCCCGACUAACUGCGCAUAAAACGGUUUUACCACUUGAGUACACGGAUGUGAGCCAGGUCUGUCUAUUCCGAACGCGACCAUGGCAAGAAGUCAAGUGGCCAGUCAGGAGCUGUCUGAUGUGCUAAAUGAACUGUGGCGCCUGGACGUCAACCGUCUCAAGCCGGGCACCGAUUACAUCAUUGCCCCUCAGGGGCGAGCCGGCUACGUGGCUCAGGGCAGCAACUAUGCCAGGGACCGGGCCAGGGCGCCGCUCUUCAAGUACGUCGAUGAGGACAAACUGAAGAACAUAGAGACAUACGCACACUUCAUCAACUUGCUGGACAACUACGAGAUGUCGACGGGCGUGUCAGAAUCGGUGACCCACGAGGAGCUUCAGGAGAAUUGCAAGUUCCUGGACGCCGUCCUUGAGACGGACGUCAUGAAGUGCGCUCACCAGUAUCUGGUCAAGAAAAGGCAGUCGUCAACGGACGUGGCGAGCUUCAAAAAGCAACUCUACGACAUCUGGUUCCGUCUGUACCACCGUGACAGGAGCGGAGGGGAGGACUCGUGCGGGUUUGAGCACGUGUUCGUGGGCGAGACUAAGCAGGGCCAGGAGAUUACGGGCCUUCACAACUGGGUACAGUUCUACUUACAGGAGAAGCACGGCCACAUCGACUACAAAGGCUACAAAGCUAGGGACAACAAAGACACCCCCGACGAGGAUGACCACGUGCUCAACCUGCAGUUCAGCUGGAAGGGCCUGGUCAAACCCGUGGGCGGGUCCUUCGUGGGGGUCAGCCCCGAGUUGGAGGUGGCGCUGUUCACCAUCGUCUUCCUGAUGUCCGGUGACAAGAGCACCACGCUGGAGGUGAAGGUGGACGAGUAUGUGCUGGAACUGGUGGUCUACAGACACGGACGCUCCAUCGGCUCGUCCUACCCAAAGCUCCUCAGUAGCAACCACAGUGACUUGUAGCUUGUUUUUGUUACAAAAUCGAUUACUUUCGUUUUCUCCCCCCCCCCCUCAAAAUUGUACACAAAAUACAUAAAGUACCCUGUUUACAAAAACUUAAUUGACACCGGCUACAACUGAGAGUCCAAUCAAGGGAACAAAUACAGUAAAUAGAAAACUACCAAAAAACAAGCAGUAACAGCACAAACAAAUGUACUCCAAUGCACCAUGCUAGUCACAGAAGAUCAAAAUCAAAACUGCUUUGUUCACAAAAAGUUGGUUAAUACCGGCCUCUGAUGAGUGUCAAAUCAAGGGAGAAAACUACCAAAAUAUAAACAGUAACACCACAAACUGACUGAAAUGCACGAUACCAGUCACAGGUUAUCCAAAUAAUGUGCUUUGUUCACAAACAGUUGGUCAAUAGUGGCUCCGAAUAAGUCCAACAACAGGAAGUAGGAAACUCACAAAAUACAAGUACAGUGGGAAAAGCACAAACUGACUCAUAUGCACCCUGCCACUUAUCGUCCUUUAGCUUGGCGUGCUUACAUGCUUAAUAGUUAGCCACAAUGCUAUCAGACACAGGCUCUUUACAUUACUAUUUGCUUGCCAAAAUCAACUUGUUUAAAUUACCUACUUAGUAAAUGUAUUGAUCAUAUUGUACCGAGCAGCUUGUUCGUUUGUUAUGUUGCAAUAAAUUCCAGUUCCUGCUGUUUUUAUAGACAAGAAGCAUUUUAAGCAUUGUAUCACGAUAAGAAGAUAAGCACUGCAUCAUAAAACUAAAGUGACUCACUG